ACGCGAAGAUUUCCCGGGCCAGCAUUUGAAGCGAUAAACGAGCGCGCGCUAUUCGCGACUGACAUUCCGCCCUCGUGGUGUUCAGGCACGGUUUAACAACAUCAGCCUGAUUGAGUACAAAAUGUAAAUCGAUGUCCUUUACUUCAAGUUCAUACUUGAUUUGCCUGAUUUCCUACCUGCGAACCGAACCUGUCUAAAAAGCCAAGCCCAACCAACGAUUCGUGUUCCCUUGUCAGUUUCUUGAUGAUCGACGAUCUGCGCUUUUCUAUUUGGUCAUGGACAAUCCAAUCUUUGGCGCAGAUUCCUAUAAGGUGUCGCAUCAUCUUCAAUACCCUCCAGGAACCACCUAUCUGAAGGCUUACUUCGAGUCCCGUGGGGGCAAAUUUGAGGGGACUAUCUUCUACGGCUUGCAAUACAUCUUGAAGAAGUACUUAACCCGAAGGAUCAAGCAAGAACACAUUGAUGAGGCUCAAACCCUCUUCAAAAAUCACUUUGGCAGUGAGGAUAUCUUCAACAAAGCUGGCUGGCAAUACAUUGUGGACAAAUGUGGUGGAUAUAUGCCCGUCAGGAUAUCCGCUGUGCCCGAAGGAAUGUUUGUUCCCGUCAAAAAUGUUCUCUUCACCGUGGAAUCGACCGACGAAAAUGUUCCUUGGGUUGUCAGCUAUGUGGAAACCCUCAUGGUCCAAUCCUGGUACCCGAUGACCGUGGCUACGAAUUCAUUCAUGCAAAAAAGGAUCAUCAAGGAUAGUUUGGAGAAAACUGCCGAUGACUUGAAAAUGCUUAAUUACAAGCUUCACGACUUUGGAUUCCGUGGCGUGACAGGGGUGGAGGCGGCCCAAUUAGGAGGCUCGGCCCACUUGGUGAACUUCAAUGGAACGGAUACACUGGCGGCCAUUCCUUUUAUCAGAGAGUAUUAUGGAGGCUGUACUGUGAGCCCCAAAUCGAUUCCCGCCACGGAACACAGCACCAUGACGACUUGGACAAAGGACCGAGAGUUAGAUUGUGCCAAGCACAUUAUGGAAAGAGUGACAAAUGUGCCUCUCUCAAUGGUGAGCGACAGUUACAAUCUCUGGGACUUUUUGACUCAAUUGGGAACUCGGGAAGACCUGCGGUCCUUGAUUCAAGCCAGAACUGCACCAUUGGUGAUUCGACCAGAUUCUGGAGAGCCCACGGAGAUUGUUCCAAAUGUGCUCAACAAAUUAGAGGAGCUGUUUGGAUCCAAAGUUAACACCAAGGGCUUCAAGAUGCUCCCAGACAACAUUCGCAUGGUUCAAGGAGAUGGCAUCUCUUUUGAGUCCAUGAAAGACAUUCUCAAAGUUGUGGAAAAUGCUGGAUGGAGUACGGAAAAUGUUACAUUUGGAUCUGGUGGAGCGUUGCUUCAGAAAGUGAAUCGGGACACUCAAAAGUGUGCUUACAAGACAUGCUUGGCCAUAGUUGAAGGAAAGAAGGUGGAUGUGUUCAAAGAUCCAAUCACGGAUCCCGGAAAGAAAAGCAAAACCGGGAACUUGACUUUGGUCUCCGAAAAUGGGUUCUUGUCGACAAUCAAGCAGGAAGAAAAGACAGACAAUCAGAUUGAAGAGCUCGUUCCAGUAUUCGAAAAUGGAUCUCUUCUGAAGGAAUACAAAUUUGACGAUAUUCGGGCCAGAGCCGAGAAAGCUUGUUAAAAUUAUUCAUGUGAUAUUGAAGGCGAAAAUUUAGCAAUAAAUGAUGUCUUGAGGCAUCAAGGAAUCAAACAA